AUGGAAGACCUCUACAGCAUACACCCUGGGAUUCCGCCGUUGGAGGAGCUACCGGCCGUAGAGGCCCUGGCCCACUGCGCCAUCUCCGCUGACCUUUGGCGCCGGGACUCGUCGUCCGCUGCCGCCGCUGCCGCCACCGCCCUCUCGUCGCCCUCCUCCGCCGCCUCAAACUUCCUCAGACCCCAGAUCGCCACCCACCCCCGCUACCCCGCUCUCCUCUCCGCCUACGUCGAAUGUCGCAAGGUAGAGAAACCUCCCCCUCUCUCUCUCCCCUUUCUCUCUCUUCGUAGAUGAUGACCUUUUGAGUUCCUUGUAUUUUAAUCUCCUGUGGGAAAAGAGAAGGUGGGUGCACCGCCGGAGAUGGCAGCGCAGCUGGAGGAAAUCCGGCGGGGGGCCUCCCUCGCCGCCGUCUGUGGCGAGAUCAGCGACGAUCCGGAGCUCGAUCAUUUCAUGGUAAUCGCAGCGCCUUCCUCAGGGAGAAAUCUCGUCAUUCCUCAACCUCUUUCAGAGGAUCUUCAUCUGAGUCUUUUCUUUUCUUCUCUUCUCUUCUGUUGCAUGACGCCACCGCAGGAGUCCUACUGCCACGCGCUCAACCGCUACAAGGAGGAGCUCUCGAAGCCGUUCGACGAGGCCACGUCCUUCCUAAACAGCAUCGAGCUGCAGCUCAGCGACCUCUGCAACAGCGGCGCCGCCACGACCGGCGGCUACUCCUCAUCCGGUAAUCAUAAUCACUCUCUCCAAUCGACCAGAAGAAGUAUCAAAUUAUAAGCAAAAGUUGUAAAUCGGGGAGUGAAGACCCGAUCUUGCCUCCCGUCGUUCUUGCUGGGUUCGUUCAUGGACCACCAGUCUGGAUCGGACUGCGGGGCGGGAAUCGCGGGCUACGGAUGGCAGUCGAGGGGUCAAAUCACGCCCAUGCAGGUGCCGUGAAUGUAGGGUCAGCUCUGCGUGAGAGUUUGAGGUGCGAAGGUUUUUCUCCCCGUCCGAUGGUUAUUGGCCUGGGAAGAGAUAUCGCCUGACGAAAAAGGCUGCCUCUCUCUCUCUCUCUCUAGGUCUAUACGAGUAUGGGUGGGCCGUAGGAGAUGGUUUAAGAGAGCUUUGGGGAUGCGAAAACGAUGGAGUAGCGUGUAUUCUCUCCAAUACACACUAAUAUAGUGGGCUGAUCCUUAUAUUCUUUACCGGUUUCAUUGUUCCUGGCCUCCGAGUUCGGUUUUGUGGCAUAGUUGGUAUAGACUUCAGAUUCUGAUGGCGAUAAAGGUCUCUCUCUACUCUCCUCCCGCCCCCCCUCCCCACCCACUCUCUCUCUCUCUCUCUCUCUCUCCCUUGGGCUACUAUUGUGACGUGACUGUGGCUCCUAGUUUUGUUUUCAGGAAUGGUCGAUAUUCGACUUUAGUGUUAUCCCCUCGCCCCCUCUCUCUCUCCCUCCCUCGGAAUAAGCUACUGUUGUGACGUGACUAUGAUGUGGCUUCGAUUCCCAGUUCGGUUUAGAGGAAUAGUUGAUUAGGCUUCAACUACGUGAUCAAGUUCUCCUCCCCCAUACUUUCCUCUCUCUCUCUCUCUCUCUCUCCCUCUCUCCACGUGGGCUACUGCUAAGGGUUUUGACCUGGCUGUGAUUCCCCCCGGAUUUUGAGGGAUGGAUGGUAGAUUUUUUCAGAUUAUUCUUUGCUGCUGCGGAUGAUAAUGAUAAAUAUUCCAACUUUGUUGGUCUUCCUCAUUCUCAUAUGAGAGGGACUCCUGAAAAUUUUAUCAUAUCUUAGAUACAUGGACCGCAUAAUAACUUAGUAAAAUGUAGAUAAUCAUAAACAUCCCAAGUUUGGUAGCAUCUAUUUGUCACAAGUAGAGGCUCAAUGUACUUUUCGAUUCACUCCGAUGUAAACCUACGAAAUUCUUCGACAGCCUAGGCCAACUUGAUAGCCUCUACUAUCGAGAGAGAAAUGAUUCCUGUACAAAGCUAGAGAUAGCUAGUUAGAGAGGGGAGAGAGAGAGAGAGAGGGGGGGGGGUGGGGAGAGGGAGAGAGGGAAGACAGACAAACUCUACAAUGGCUAUUCCUCCUGCACUUUUCAAUAUGGAUGAUCCGUUCAUUAUCUGUCUUGAUCACUUCAACCAAGGUGGAAUAGAUUAACACUAAAUUCCGUCAAAAUAUGAAGAAAUUUGUCUAUUCUUUGGUCAUUUAUUUUCGUAAACUUGGAAAUUAUCACCUUAAAAAAAGAGCUCGAUUACGGCACUUAUCAUAGAAGUUUUUCUCCUCAUGUGUGCAAAGAUAAAUCAUCAUAUCAACCACCAAGCAUAACAUCUUGUUCAUUCUUUUCCUUUUCUACCCAUGUCAUAGUUAGUUCCCAGGGGUGAAGGAACAAACUUCCUUCAAGCCUCCUGUAGCUUGAGCUACUUCCCUUCCCUCGAGUAGUUCUCCUUUAAUAGUAACUAAUGCAUUCCUAAACAAGAUAGAGUUUUCCCUUUUUAUAUACUAAAGAAGGCACUGGUUUCUUCAAUGGAUUCCAAGAUAGCCUUACCUGCAAGUCCUACUAUUUUUCUUAUCGGAACGCCCUACUAUUUAUUCAUCAUUGGGUCAACCAACUACAUGCAUCUUCUUGCUCAAAGCCCAAAAUCUUAGAGCAUACGAUGAUUAGGGCCUAAUUUCUUGAAUACGUUGUCGGAGUAAUGUUUAUAUGGGAGUUAGCCGUUAUGGGGUCACAGCUUAUAUACAUGCUGAUCUUCUCUGUCUAGGUCCUGAAGAUACUUGAUUACAAUUUCUUACUUGAUUUAGCAAAUUAAUGACUCAUGGGUAGAGUUUCAGGACAUACAAUCUCGAUCAACGAGGAAUCAGAAGGUAGUUUCAGGACGAGGCUUUGAGCACCUUGAAGAUGGCAGGCCAUGUUGCAAGUGUAUGAGAAAAUGUUACGAGUCGAUGAAAAUUUACCAUGUUAUUUUCGCCCAUGUUUGCCCAUGUUCUUUAGACAUUAGAAUAGUCCCCUGGCAUCAACUUGGAAAAUAAGGAUCAUGGGGUACUUACUGAAGAAUUACAAGAAUGAUUGAGAAAAUCAUUGGCUCAAUUAACCGUUUCGCGAAUGUUUUUACCCGUAUGAUUUGAAGAGAAUAUUAGGCUUUCAAGCUUCAAUAUUUCAUUGACUUGCUUAAUAGCUUGCCUCCUCCUCUAGAGGGAGUUGGUGACGCCUCAGAGGAGGAGCUAAACUGCAGGGAUUCCACUAAGAGGGGCGGUGGGAUAUGGACAGGAGGCCAGCAUUUGAAGGAGACGCUGAUGAAGAAGUACAGCAACUACCUUAGCAACCUGAGGAAGGAGCUCCUGAAGAAAAGGAAGAAAGGGAACCUCCCAAAGGGCGCGAGGGCCUUGCUCAUGGAUUGGUGGACAAAGCACUACCAAUGGCCUUACCCCACGGUGAGAUCCCUAUCUACUAGAACAGUCCCACAUUGCCGGAAAUGGGCUUGUCUUUUAUCAUCAGUGGAUAAUUAUUGAUGGAUGGUUACCCUACGGUGAGAUCCCCAUCCGCUAGAACAGUCCCAAAUUGCCUAAGAUGGGCUUAUUUUUUAUCAUCGGUGGAUAAUUAGUGAUGGAUAGUUACCCUACGGUGAGAUCCCAAUCUACUAAAACAGUCUCACAUUGCCUAAAAUGGACUUAGUUUUUAUCAUUGAUGAAUAAUUACCCCACGGUGAGAUCCCCGUCUAGUAGAACAGUCCGAGGUUGCCUAAAAUGGGUUUAUUUUGUGAUUAUCGAUGGAUAACUAAUGGUGUGCCGCUCCCCGGUUGAGCUCAGGACGAGGAGAAGGUGAAGCUGGUGGAGGUAACCGGUCUGGAUCAGAAGCAGAUCAACAAUUGGUUCAUCAACCAGAGGAAGCGCCACUGGAAGCCGUCCGAAGGCAUGCGGUCAACCCUCGUAGACGGCAUUACUGGCGGGUCCCAUUCUACCACUAGGUACUUCGGAAUGGCUCUCGGCCAAUGA